AUGGCAGCCAAAGUCAAUAACAAGACUCCAUCUAAACCCCGGGGUAAAACGCCCAAACCACCUGCAAAAACUCCAUCCAAGACCUCAGCGAAGACUCCAGUAGAGACUCUGCCGAAAACACCAAAGACUGCCACCCGUUCCUCUACAAGAAUUAGGGCCCUUAAAUCUACUUCAGGAGUUGCAGGAGAUAGUGAUGAAGAAACCACUGUCAACAAAGAGCAUGAGCGAAGUGAAACUAAAGAAGAUACCGAAGAUGUAGAAGAAGAAGAAGAAGAGGAGGAGGAGGAGGGGGGGGGGAGGAGGAAGAGGAAGAGGGGAACAGUAGCCUUCAAGAGAAACGGCAGAGGCAUCAGAACAACAGGGAAUGAGGAAGCUGAAGAAGCUGCUGCUGAAGAAGAAGAGGAGGAGGAGGAGGAAACGGACGACGACGAAGUAGAAAAAGUUGUUACUGAGAAGUCUGUUAAGUCAAAAUCAAAACCGAAGACAGCAAAACUCGAUGGGGUCUACGGUCGUGCUCGAGACCUCGCUAAAGCUGGUAAGAUUUAUCCAGAUAAAAUUGCCGUUCAUUCCAAACAGACACUCAGAAAUUUGAUUCCUACAGACAAAGAACAUUCCGAGGCUAGAACGACCCAAGAGUCUAAGCGAAAGCCCGACGAAGUCGAUGAGUCUGAGGUAAGGAAGUCGAAGAGGAAGAAGAAGGGUGACUCCGAAGAAACAGAGGUUGAUGAAACCGGGACCGUUGAGUCCAAAGAAAAAGAAGAAGGUUCAGAGGAAAUAGAAGAGGAGGGAGAAGAAGAGGAGGAAGAGGAGGAGGAGAAACCGAAACCGAAGCCAAAGGGUAAAGGGUCGAAGCCUAAGGCGACGUCCAAGAGUACGACUACACUACCAAAGCCGACCACCAGCACAUCCAAAGGGGUCAAGAAAUCAAACAAGGGCAAAAAAUAUCGCAGAAUGGUUGACCGGCUCGUCGAAGAGGCUAAAGCCACUAACUUCGGGACCAAAAGCAAAGGAUGGCCUGCCAGCAAGACCCUACGAAGUGGCAAACGUUAUUCCAAAGAGUAG